UAUAAGGUUCCCGGUGGUCGUUGUCGCACUGUAGCCGGAACCAGCAGCGGUUGCGUUCUACACUCUGAGCUUCUUCUAAGACAGGCACCACCAAAGAGCCCACCAAUAUGUGCGACGACGACGAGACUACCGCUUUGGUGUGCGACAAUGGCUCGGGCUUGGUGAAGGCUGGCUUCGCCGGCGAUGACGCCCCCAGGGCUGUCUUCCCCUCCAUUGUCGGUCGCCCUCGUCACCAGGGUGUGAUGGUGGGUAUGGGUCAGAAGGAUUCCUACGUAGGAGAUGAAGCUCAGAGCAAGAGGGGUAUCCUCACUCUGAAGUACCCCAUUGAACACGGUAUCAUUACCAACUGGGAUGAUAUGGAGAAGAUCUGGCACCACACCUUCUACAACGAGCUCCGUGUGGCACCCGAGGAGCACCCCACCCUGCUCACCGAGGCUCCACUGAACCCAAAGGCUAACCGCGAAAAGAUGACCCAGAUCAUGUUUGAGACCUUCAACGUGCCAGCUAUGUAUGUGGCCAUCCAGGCUGUGCUGUCUCUGUACGCCUCUGGCCGUACUACUGGUAUUGUGCUGGACUCUGGUGAUGGUGUUACCCACAACGUCCCCAUCUACGAGGGUUAUGCCCUGCCCCACGCCAUCAUGCGCCUGGAUCUGGCUGGUCGUGAUCUGACCGAUUACCUCAUGAAGAUCCUGACCGAGCGUGGUUACUCUUUCGUCACAACCGCCGAGCGUGAGAUUGUGCGUGACAUCAAGGAGAAGCUUUGCUAUGUGGCUCUGGACUUCGAGAACGAGAUGGCCACUGCUGCCUCUUCCUCUUCCCUGGAGAAGAGCUACGAGUUGCCUGAUGGGCAGGUCAUCACAAUCGGUAAUGAGCGUUUCCGUUGCCCCGAGACCCUCUUCCAGCCUUCCUUCAUUGGUAUGGAGUCUGCUGGUAUUCAUGAGACCGCCUACAACAGCAUCAUGAAGUGCGACAUUGACAUCAGGAAAGAUCUGUACGCCAACAAUGUCUUGUCCGGUGGUACCACCAUGUACCCUGGUAUCGCUGACCGUAUGCAGAAGGAGAUCACUGCCCUGGCCCCCAGCACAAUGAAAAUCAAAAUCAUUGCCCCACCUGAGCGUAAGUACUCAGUAUGGAUCGGUGGCUCUAUCCUGGCUUCCCUGUCCACCUUCCAGCAGAUGUGGAUCAGCAAGCAGGAGUACGAUGAGGCGGGUCCCAGCAUUGUCCACCGCAAAUGCUUCUAAAUCCGUCGCCAUCGCCUGCAUUUUGCUCAGGAAUCAAGCUGUAGGAGAUAGCAUUGUUGUCAUGGGACAGCUAUGUACAAAUGUAACUCUGUAACAUUGUGUUACUUGAUGAAAAUGCUGCAAAACUGAAAGAACAACAUCAACAAGAAGAAUGAGAAAAUGCCAUGUUAUCCAACAUGUGAUUGUAAAAUGUACAUAAACAUUAAUUUAUUGAAGUCCA